AUGAAUUGGAUGCCUCUUUAUUUGUUUGUUUGUUGUGUGUGUCUUUUGUCGAUGGCUUCUCUCUCUCUUUCUCGCGCCUUGUUUGCUCAACUGACCGAAAAACCGCCGUACAAAAAUAAAAUAAAUAAAUUACCAAGAAAACAGAGACAGACUGCAAAACGAAUUGGAACGAAACGAAAAAAACUGUUUUUGUCGCAGUUGAAAACAGUUUUUUUCGUAUGGGCGAAUAGCUGCCAUUGCUGUGCGUGUGUGUGUGUGUGUGUGUGUGUGUGUGUGUGUUUGGGACGUAGCUGGGCGAAGAAAAUAUGGCAGGGGAAUAGUCCGUCGUGCACAAUGACGGGCUUGGCAAGAGACGGUAGUCUUUGUUAUUGGGUGUUAAUUAGUAUAUUUGAAGACAACUGGAUUGUGGUUGUUGAUGAUGAUGACGAGUUUACUAGUGAGUGUGUAUAUAUGUAUAUUGCACAAGUGUUGUGA